AGAGAGAGAGAGAGAAACCAAAAAGCCCUACCUGUGGAUGCUGUUCUGGAGUCAUGUUCAGAUUAUGGCAGAAGAGUUCCAAAAAAUAUGUGAAAAAGAAUUCUAUGUGUAGGAGAGGGACACGUUCUUGAUGAUGGAUUAUUGACUGAAGCAUUUCUGGCCGAACAAUCAACUAUGCACCAUCUCUUUGGACUUGUUUUGGGACAAAAGGAUCUUUCCCGUGCAGGGGACCUCUUCUCCUUAGACGAUUCUGAAAUAGAAGGAUGUCUGUCAGAAGCUCUCGAGCAAAUAAAAACUAUUAGUUCGUCUCCAGACUACCAAACGAAUGACAACGACCAGGCAGUUGUGGAGAUCUGUAUCACUCGAAUCACAACGGCCAUCAGGGAAACAGAAUCCAUAGAGAAACAUGGGAAAGCCCUUGUUGCACUCUGGGAAUCUUGCUUAGAGCACAAUCUGAAACCUUCGGGGAAAGAUGAAGAUACACCACAUGCAAAGAUUGCUUCUGAUAUUAUGAGCUGCAUUUUGCAGAAUUAUAACCGUCCUCCCAUCAUGGCAUUGGCUGUCCCCAUCGCAGUCAAGUUUCUGCAGAGGGGUAACAAAGAACUGUGCAGGAACAUGUCGAGUUAUCUCUCCCUUGCUGCAAUUAGCAAAGCAGAUCUGCUGGCCGAGCACACAGAAACCAUUGUAAAAAGUGUCCUGCAAGGGAACUCAAUGUUGCUACGCGUAUUACCCUGCUUGUAUGAAAAGCAAUCGCAGCCAAUUAACAGCCAUCUGAAGGAUCUGGUAUUGCUGAUGUCUCAUCUGGAGCAGCCUGAACAGCACCAUCUUUUACAGCUUUUGCUUAUAGUUGCAAAGAAAAAACAACCAGAGGUGCUCAAAGAAUGUAUCCCUACUCUCACUGGUCACCUAAGAGAUCCCCAUCAUAAUGACAUCAUCCUAAAUAUACUGAUAGAAAUAUCAGACUAUGAACCAGAAGUAUUGACCAAUUUGCUUCCAAUACUGAAGGAGAUUGGGGAGAGUUUCCCAAGUCUGAUUGGACAAACAGCAAAGAUCUAUGGAGCGGUUGGACAUGUUGAUGAGGAAAGAGCCAGGAUCUGCCUGAUCUACUUGGUUAAUCAGCUGGCCAACAUGGAGCAUUCAUUUCACCAUAUUCUUCUGUUGGAGAUCAAGCACAUCACAGACACCUUCUCCAAUAUCCUGGGCAUCCAGAGCAGAGACAUUUAUCGUAUGAGCAACAGUUUCACAGCCAUAGCAAAACUUCUUAUCCAACAGCUGGAAAACGACGCCACUGCUGAGAGCAGGGUAGAAGAUGUUGCUGAAACAGAAUCUCCUUCUCAGCUGGAAGACUUAAAAUCCACUAUGAAUGGGAAUGAAGACGAUCAAAAGCUUCAGGUUAAAAAACAAGCUUUUGAAGAGAAAAUAAACAUUGACAGCAGCACUCCUGGCUCUGUACGCCGGUAUAGUCUUGGCCAGGUUUCUAAAGAAGAAAGGAAGGACAUGAGGUUUAACAGGUCCAAAAGUCUAGCUUUGCAUGCUGUCCGUUUGAGGAGUGUUCAUUCUGACAAUGGACAAGAGAUGGAGAAUGGAGAUGUUACAGCCGGCAUCUCUUUCACAGAUCUCUAUCUGAGCCAAGAAGCCGACAAAUUGCCUUCCAGUGCAGACACUGAAGAGUCGCAGCUGGAACAAUCUUCACUUUCGCACCCAAGUUUGAAAUGUACAGAACCAGAGAAUCUGCCAGAACCCGUUAAAGGAAACUGCCAUGAAGGGAGCCCGAAGACAAUACAGAAUCCUGCCGAGUAUCAAGAUAAGCUUUACUUUCACUUAAAGGAAAAUCUCUCUAAAGUGAAAGCAUAUGUCAUGGAGAUGGGGAAGAAAAUUCCUCUCCCAGAUGAGUGUGUUAUUGAAGAUACCAUCAGAAGUUGUGUAGCAAAGUUGUUCUUCAGCUGUCCCCUGAAAGGACAUUACUGCCUGUACAGUAAAUCCAGUUUUACUCUCAUCAGUCAACAGCCUCAGCUUUGGAUCCACAUCAUGUUUCUCUUUCAGCAGCAGAGUUUGUUCCCAGAAGCUUUGUCCAUGCAAAAUAAUUCUGUGCAAGCCUUGAAAGCCUUGUGGGAGAAAACCCAGCUGAAGGGAACACACAGCUUUGAAACUGCGAUGGUUCAGUCUACAUUUCCACACCAAAAGGAUCUGGACCAUGUGCGGAUACAUCUGGAAGAAGUGAGGUUCUUUGAUUUAUUUGGUUACAGCGAGGAAGCAAGGGCUUGGCAGUGCUUCAUGUGUAAUAACCCUGAAAAAGCAACAGUCGUCAAUCAAGAUGGCCAACCCUUAAUUGAAGGCAAGCUGAAAGAAAAGCAAGUUCGGUGGAAAUUCAUCAAAAGGUGGAAAACCCGCUAUUUCACGCUCGCUGGGAAUCAGCUUCUCUUUCGCAAAGGGAAAUCUAAAGAUGACCCAGACGACUGCCCCAUUGAGCUCAGCAAGGUCCAGAGUGUCAAAGUGGUGGCCAAGAAACGCAGGGACCGCAGCCUCCCUCGGGCCUUUGAAAUAUUCACGGACAGUAAGACCUACGUUUUCAAGGCCAAAGAUGAGAAGAACGCCGAGGAAUGGCUCCAGUGCAUUAACGUGGCAGUUGCCCAAGCGAAAGAAAGGGAAAGCAGAGAAGCAACCACAUAUUUGUAAGAACUCUGGACCUGUUUAUAUGG